AUGGAUCAAUUUAAAUGUAAUCAUAGUUUUUAUUUUAUAAUUUUUAUUUUUAUAUAUAUUACAAUCACAAAUUGUGAAGUUCUUUAUUUUAAUACUUCCAUCAAUUGUUUCGAACAACAAUCGCCGUGUUUAUUAUCAAAUCCAUCCAAUUGGAUAAAUAAUACAUCACCAAAAAAUGGUGAUGAUUUAAUAAUAGAUUUUUCAAAUAUAAAUUAUAGUGGUAGUGAUAGUAGUAGUAGUAGUAAUAGUAAUAGUAAUAAUAGUAAUAAUAAUAGUGAUGGUAGUAACAGUAGUAAUGACAGUAGUAAUGACAGUAGUGAUGACAGUAAUAAUAAAUUAAAUUAUAUUUAUUUAUAUAUUAAUAAUACUGAAAUAAAUUUAAAUUCAUUAAAAGUUAUUGGGUCAAAUAAUGAGGCAAUAGUUUCAAUUUUAAUAAACAAUACACAGAUAAAUAUAAACAAUCAAAAUAUAUCAAAUAUUAGUGAUAGUGAUAUAAUAUUAUUUAAUAAUUCAAUUAUAAAUAUUGAUAAUAGUACAAUUACAAUAAACAGUAAUAACAACGAUAGUAGUAUUAAUAAUUUUCAAAUAAUUCAGUCAAAUAUAACAUUAAAUUUUCAAAGUUUAAUAAAUUCGAGUUGUAAUAUACAAAUCAACUCAAAAUCAAAUUUAAUAAUAGAUAGUGGAUCUACAUUUACAGCUUUAGGAGAUUUAAGCUACUCCAAUGAUUCAAUAAUACAGAAUAUUAACCAAUCAAAUAUCCAACUUUAUGGUACAGUAAAUAAUGGUACUUCAAUUACCAAUUGUGAUAAUUGGGUAUUAAUAAAUCAAUCAACAAUUACAAUUAAUAUCCCAAAUUUUAUAAUUUCAAAUUUUAGUUGCUAUCAUAACAUAAUUAAAAAUAAUAGUUAUAACAUUUAUUUUUAUAAUAGCGAACCGUCACCACCACCAUCAAUAGCAUCAUUAAUAAAAGAUACCAAUAGUCCAUUUUUAAAUAUAAUAAGCGAUAUAGAUUUAUAUAUCUCAAACUCUAAUCUUAACUUAAUUCAAUCCAAUAGUUUUAAUAGUAUAGUAUUUUUAGGUUCAUUUGGUAAUAGUGUAAAAUCAUUAAACCUACCUAAUAGUAAUAUUAUAAUCAACUCAAAUUCAACUUUAAAUAUACUGAGUAGUAUUGUCUUAAAAGAAAAUAGUAAUGAUAAUAGUGAUAGCAGCAUUAAUAAUAGUAAUAGUAAUAUCAGUAAUAGUAAUAAUAAUAGCAGUUUAAUAGGUUCAAUAUUAUUAGAAGGAACAUUAUCAUUGGAGCCAAAAAUAUAUAUAACAGUAAAUAAAUAUAUAAAUAUAACGAAUAGUUUAUCUGUAUUAAAUAUUAACUAUGCAAAUAUAAAUGCAUUGGUGAAUAUGACAGCAGGAAUGAUCCAACAAAAUAGUGUAAGCGGUUAUACAGCAAGUAAUAGUUCAACUUUAACCAAAUUAUAUGUAUCAGGCCCUAAUAGUAUAGUAUCAAUUCAAAAUACAAUGGUAUUCGAACAGUUAACAAUGAGAAAUGGAUCGACCAUGUCACUUACAACUUAUAUCGAUGAAAACUCCUUCCACCCAACUCUUUAUAUUAAGGGAAACUAUUCGAUAGAAGACUCUUUUAUAAAUAUUAGUUUCUUUCUUCCAGAUUCAGAAAUUAAAAACACAACCUCUCAAUAUGACAUAAUAGUAUUUGCCCUCAAUGGGAGCUCCACAGUCGAAAAUUCCUCUUCAAAUAAUGUGAACCUUAAUAUAAAUGCAAAUCAAAUCAAAUUAAUAGAAAUGGAUAACUCUAAAAAAGGUUUCGAUUACUCUCUAAAAAUAGAUAGUUCAUCUGUAUCUAUUGUUGUCUCUUGGCAUUUUCCAAUCUGGGUAUUUAUUUUAAUCGUUAGUGGUGGAGGUAUUGCCGCUUUAACUGUUCUCGGUUUUUUUAUUUAUAAAAUUAGGGAAUAUAUAAUUUAUAAAGAUUAUCAAGUUAUUGUUUAA